CUGCAACCUCCUAGUGGAAGUGAAAUUUCAACACUUGAGCCCUUGGGAGAUAGAUGGAAACGAUAGCAAGUCUGAGGUGCUGGGCACUGUGCACACUGGAACGAGAAAGCUGGUUCCCGUCAUGGCCUUCAGAGCUUAGACUUCCACACUGGUUAAUCAAGAGUGAAAAACCUGAAGCAAUGCAAGCAGGAAGAAGAAAUUAAACUAGGCUGAGGAGCGAUGCGACAGGCGUGAUGGAGGUCGAGUCCUCCUACUCGGACUUCAUCUCCUGUGACCGGACAGGCCGGCGGAAUGCAGUCCCUGACAUCCAGGGUGACUCGGAGGCCGUGAGCGUGCGGAAGCUAGCUGGAGACAUGGGCGAGCUGGCACUUGAGGGGGCAGGACAGGCAGAGGGAAGUACCCCAGAGAAGGAGGCCAGCAAUCAGCCCCAGGGCAGUGAUGCGAGCUCCUCGUCCUGAGUCCAGCCGUGGCCCUACAGGCCAGAAGAGAGACCUGCUGUCCCCUCCUGGAACUGGAGCCCUGGCACAACCCAGCAAUCUCUUCUCUGAGCAGCCAGAUCGACCGAGAGCCUCUUGGAGGUCUCUGUGGCGCCUACUCCAGCAAAGUCCUCUGCCCAUGCCAUGGUUCCGCUCUCCCAUCCACCUCCCCACAGUGCACAGGUACACCAUCACCACGGGAUGUUAUUUAUUCAGCCAGGUGGGGCCCGAGCCAGGCCCUGCCCCCGAAGUGGGCAGUCCCUACCUGGACAGGGACUGUCCCCACACCAUUCAUCCCUCCAGUCAGCCGCCUAUGUCGGAAAGAUCUUCCUAGCCCUUUUUUAAAGCCUCUUUUACAUUUUUUAAAAACAUAACUUUUUUCAACAGAGAAGGGGGAGCUGACAAUCUCUUCUUUCUGUUUUGGUUUUGGUUUGUUUUUGGAAGCCAUUUUAAGCUUAGUUCUGAUGAUCUAUGCAGCUCUAAGUUCCCCUCAUGAAGCCUCAGAUCCAGUUGUAGGGAAAGGAUUUGGACUCAAAACUAGCUGACCAGUUCUUUGCCCUUUGUACCAAGAGAGUGAUACUUAGGUCCCAGGAAAUAAACGCUGAUGAUUUGUG